AUGCGAUCCUUCACAGUUGCAAUUUGGAGUGCGACACCCCUAUCGAGUCCCCUUGCCAAGUACGCAACAACCGCUGCUGCCCCGGUACCAGAACUCAAGGUGGUUAAGAGCAACAUGGUCGAAAUGGAAAACCUGCCAGCGCUCGAUGCGGUUGACUGUCUACUUUUAAGUGGUAGCAAACACAGCUCGUUCGAUAAUGAUGAAUGGAUUCUUCGGACCGUCAACCACGUCCCUAAGGUCCACGAGACCGGCCGAAUCCCCAUUACUGGCAUUUGCUUUGGCCACCAAAUCAUAGGGAGAGCCCUCGGUGGUGCCGAGCUCUUUGGUGCGAAAUAUCUAAGUCAGAAGCUAAUACCUUGGAAGUCCCUACACCAGAUGCAUCGCGAUGCCGUUCUCCAAUCACCUCAAGGUGUCGUAAAUCUGGGAACUAGUCCGGCCUGCGAAAUCCAAGGUUUAUAUAUUCCGGGUACGAUCUUUUCCAUCCAAGCUCACCCGGAGUUCAAUGCCACAAUAAUGGGAAAUAUUCUUGAUGUCAGGCAUCGCCAGGGCGUCUUCGAGGACAAGUUACUCGACGACGCCAACCGCAGAGCCCACAAGAUACAUGACCGUGAAUUUGUUGGAGAAGCCAUCUGGAGGUUCCUGCUAGAGGAAAACCAGUAG